UUUCUUUUCUAUUACAUAUUAUAUAUUAUCAAUAUUAAUAGUACACAGACGUCAGUAAUCAGAGUAUCUCACACACACACACACAUAAUCAGAGUAUUAUUUAAUUAUUUUUGUUUUAAAAUAAAUUAUCCACGGUUCACCCAUACUUCAAUUCUCCCCCGAUUCAGAUUCCCCCAGCUUCUCUUCUAAAAAGAAAAGAAAAAAAGGAAAAGGAGAGAGAGAGAGAUUUCCGAAGAUGGGGAGAAAGAAGCUGGAGAUGAAGCGAAUCGAGGAGAACAGUGCGAGAAUGGUUUGUUUCUCGAAGCGAAGAAAUGGUCUGAUUAAGAAAGCUAAGGAAUUAUCUGCUCUCUGCGAUGUCGAUGUGGCCGCUGUCAUCUUCUCCAACAGGGGAAAGCUUUAUCAGUAUUGUAGCGCCGAUAGCAUGGCGCAGGUCCUGCAAGAAUAUCAAAGUCGAGUCGAGAGUGACAAAGAUGGUUGCGAUACAGAGGGUUUGUACUCCAAAAAUGGCGAUUAUCUUACAUAUGGUGAGCUUCUCAAAACUGUUGGAAGUGAACUUAAGGAGCCACGUGUUGAGCAGCUAAGUGUGGCGGACCUUGGGCUCAUGCAGAAACAACUUGAGACUGCAUUAAUGGAGAUACGUUCGACUAAGACAAAAAUGAUGACGGAUGCUCAGUCAAGCCUUCAGGAAAAGGAAAAGAUUCUGGAAGAAGAAAAAAAGCAUCUCAACGAGAUUGUUGAAGACAAUAACUGCGCUAAGAAAAAGAAGGUGGUGGUAGAUCUCAACAUUGCCACAGAAUAGAAGCAUACAACACCGGACCUAGCUCGUUCGAACAUUUAUAUGUAAAAUAAAAAUAAAUUAUCUGCAGAAUCAUAAAAAUGCAUACAGGUAUAAAUAAAAGCUGCUAGAGGAAUAUCUACCUACCUCUUUACUCCGAGCGAGGCCCUUGUUGCAUGGUAUAAAUAAGCUGCUUGAACCCUCUUCUGUAUUCGAGCUUUUGUUAAAUAUUGCUCUGUUUUUAACGCUUGAACAUAUAUGGGAUAUAUGCUUUGCUUUAU